AUGCGAGAUGAGAUUUUUUCGAUUUUUUUGCACAUUUUACUCUCCAUUUCUACAAGUUUUGAUAGCAAAGAGACUCCUUGUAUUCCAGUACCUGGAUGGAUGUUUAAAACUUGUAUAAGAAAGUAUACAACCUCACUAAAAACAGCAUAUAUAUCUAGCAAAAAUAUUAAUAAGAUGUCCUCUGCGUUGUUUGAAACUAAAAUCUUACCGGUGAAAUCUGAGUCAAUAAUCUUUAACGGUGACCAACUUUCCAUAUCGGAUCCUGAAACAGAAAAUAACUUAAAAAUAGCGGCAGAGGUUUUAACUCAGACCAAUAAUGUCGUAGGAUUUCCAACUGAAACGGUAUACGGUUUAGGUGGUAAUGCUUUGAGUGAUGAAUCUGUUAAAUCUAUCUAUAGGGCCAAGAAUAGACCUGCAGAUAACCCAUUGAUUGUACAUGUAUCUUCAGUUGAGCAGUUGGAGAGGAAACUCUUGCCAAAAGGGUAUGAGAUACCUGCAAUAUAUAAGCCUUUGUUGAAUAAAUUUUGGCCCGGGCCGCUUACCAUCUUAUUGCCAAUCAUCGAUGGAGAAAAGUGCCCCAUUUCUUCGUUCGUGACGGCAAAUCAAGCUACAUUUGCGGUAAGAAUACCUCUGCAUCCAGUAGCAAGAGCCUUAAUUAGCAUCAGUGACACACCAUUGGCAGCCCCUUCAGCCAAUGCGUCUACUAGACCAAGUCCGACAAUGGCUGAACAUGUCUAUCAUGAUUUACAGGGGAAAAUUCCCUACAUUUUGGAUGGGGGUUCAUGUGAUGUGGGGCUCGAAUCCACUGUAGUAGAUGGGUUGGUUUCACCACCCAUGCUAUUAAGACCAGGUGGAAUCUCUGUAGAGGAAGUCAGAGAAGCUGGUGGGGAGUUAUGGAACGGUGUAAUUUUAGCUAAGAAAACCGCUGGGAAGUUGGAGGCUGUGAAAACUCCAGGGAUGAAAUAUAGACACUAUUCACCAACUGCCAAGGUUGUUCUUUUCACCAAUUGUGGUGAUGGUAAGGAGGAAAUACAGAAAUAUUUGGCUGAGAAAAAUGUUCCUAAUUCUGCUAAAAUUGCAUUACUUAGGGCUACCACAUUCACAACAAGCUCGGAGAUCAGUCCACAAAUCCAGAUGGAGAGAUCGAUGGGUUCCAGUGGUACUGAAAUUUCGAAGAGUAUGUUCCGCUUAUUGAGAGAAGUAGACGAAGCAGGAGUGGAUUUAAUAUUUGUUGAGGGGAUCGAAGAGACUAAUCAAGGGUUGGCUGUGAUGAAUAGAUUGAGCAAGGCGGCACUUGAGAGCAUUGACGGGAAGAAAUAA